AUGGCCCUCUACCCUUCGCCCUCUGCUUCUAAACUUAUCUGCAAUAAUCUUACAGUCGCGCCCGCCAACGAGAAAAACAAUGCCCAAGCAGACCAAUUUGUAAAGGGUGCACUCGACCGCAAAGAUCUUGAUUUCAAUCCUCUCACGCAGUUUCAUUCUUGGUUCUCGCACGCUCAAACUAGUGGUGUUUACCAUCCCGAGACCGUUUGUCUAUCAACCGCCAGUCUACCUUCUGGCCGUGUGUCUGCGCGCAUGGUAUACCUUAAAGAAUUAGAUGCAGCAGGUGGAUUCGUUAUAUAUAGUAAUUGGGGCACGAGUAAAAAGGCGAAAGAUAUUGCGUCUAACAAAUGGGCAAGUCUUACGUUCUGGUGGCAGGAGUUAGAAAGACAGGUUAGAGUUGAGGGGAAGGUGGAGAGAUUAUCUGAUGAGGAAAGUCAGGUCUAUUAUGAUAUGAGGGCGAGAGGGAGUAGGAUUGGGGCAUGGGCUAGUCCGCAGAGUCAAGUAUUGAACGGAAGAGAAGAGUUACAGGAGAGGGUUAAAGAGGUCGAGAAGCGAUUUGAGGGUCAAGAAAAGAUACCGGUGCCGGAAUUUUGGGGAGGUUUAAGAAUUAUACCAGAGAUGGUGGAGUUUUGGCAAGGGAGAGAUAGUCGAUUACAUGAUCGAUUUCAAUAUGAGAAGAAAGAAGAUGGGGAGUGGGAUAUUCAAAGGUUGAGUCCGUGA